AUGAGGAGUAAUGUCAAACAGUUAUCAAUUAUGUAAGAAAAUCAUUUCCAAAACUCAAUCAUUGAAAUUACUCAUACAAUACGUAUUUUAAUUAUCAAUCACAAGGUUCUGGCAAGUAUAGAAUUGCAUUUUAACAAAUUAACAAAGAAUUUGAAAUAUCCCUAAUUAUGCAUACAGGAUGGAGAAUUCGUUUGCAAUUAUUAAGAAGAGGAAUUGUUUGUCUUAUUUAUAUUCUCAAAUCCCAAUCAAGAGAUGGAUUUAAGCAUGAAAAUUAAUUACAUUUAUUGAGAAAACUAUAAUAGUUUAUUAUGUUUUACUUUGAAUUGCUCGAAAAUUAAGCACAAGAAUAUAGUAUUAGUUUAUACCUUAUUUAAUAGAAAUAUUUUAUCUCAAAGAAAUACUUUAUCGAAUAUCCUAGAUUCACUUGUUAAUUUUCUAAUUAUCUAAAUUCCAUGAAGAUGUUCGUUGUAUGUUAUUUUGGAAACCAGAGGUUUAUUUUAAGGAUGCUCGUUUUAACAAAACAAAAUUUCAAUACUAUUUAUAGGUUGGACAUCUACAUUUCCAAUUUAAAUUAUUUGAUUCUGCUAUAUUCUACUAUAAAGAAGCUAUUAGUCAAUGUUAAAAUUUAAUUACUUAAGAGAUCAAUUAAGAUUUUCGCAUGAAAAAAUUAACUGAUAAGUAUUCAAAGGUGAUCAUUUGGAUUAUAAUGACACUAUAUAUUAUGACUUUUAUUUAUGAAUUACAGUCAGACUAUAAUAAAUUAUUUGAAACUUAUAAAAUUGCACUUUGGCUAUCAGAAUUAAUUGAUAAUGGAGGAUUAACAACAACUUUAGAAGAAUAAUAUCGUUUAAAACAAAAUUAAGUAUUGUAAAUUAUCAUAAUCUUUUAGUAUAAAAUAUGUAUGAUAGAAAUUAAAGAAAUUAAUCAAAUCCUUGCUCCUAUAUUUCCUUAAUCUUACACAAAUUAUGAUAAAAAAUAAUAAAAUAAUUAUUGGUCAGAUACAAAUGAUAAGUUCUAUUAAAAGUUUAAUAAACAGAUAAAUGUCUAACUCUAUUCUAUCCUUUAAUAACCAGAGGAUAUAAAUUAUAAAAAACAUUAAUUUCGACUUACUGAAUAAGAAACAACCAUCCAAUCUAAUAUUCAUACACCUCGUCAACAUGAGAAAUGUAGAACUUUCAAUUCUUCAGAUGAGUUUAAGAUAAGUAAAUAAACUUCCUGCAAUCCAUCACCUCAACAUUCUCACAAGACAAAUGUUAUGAUAAGACAAACAAAAGCUAAAUCAUUUAAAUAUACAUCUGAUAUAGAUUUUAUUUUAAAGAGAUUUCCAAAAAGAGAAAUUGAAUCAUUUUCUUCUUUAAAAGCAAAAAAGGAAUUGGAUUUCUACUAUCAAUAAAAAGUGCUCUCAUCCUUUGAUAAUGAAAUUUAGAUCAAAUCUUUAAAAUCAUUAAAAUAGCAAAUAUCUUCUUAAGAAGAACUAGAUAAAGUUUGUUAAUCUGAUCUCAUUGUAGGUAAAAAAUUGUUAAGAUUUCAAAAAUACACACAUCAAAAAGUAGCAACCAAUUAAAAUAUAAUGAAAAUUAUUUCAGACAUAUCGAAAGAAUAGGAACAUUUAGAAGGUGUGAAUUCUGCUCGAUUACUUAUUUAAGGAACUUAAGAUAUUGAAUAAGAAAUACGAGUUUAAAUGCAACAAAUAAUCUAAUAGAAAUCAUUGCACAACGAAGGGGAACUAAUGGUAUAUAUUUAAAUAUUAUCAAAAAUAGAAUCUUAAAUUAUUGGUAUCAGAUUAUGAAUAACAUUUAUAAAAAGCUUCUAAUACUAAUAGAGAAACAUAAAUAGAAUAAUCUUAAAUAUCUAAAUUUAUAAAAGAUAAAAACUAUUCCAUAUUAAGAUCUAUAGACUAAACAAUCAAGCGUACUACUCCAGAAUAAUUAAAAAUUAGAAAAUCUUUUUUAUCCCGGAUCUAAGAGAGUUUAUUUUAAAAAUGA